AUGAAGGAAGCUGAAGAGACUCCAGAAUAUAGAGAAAUUGGGUAUCCACGGAUCCUUGUGAUGCCUCAGGAGGAACCCGCAAUGCCUGUGGAUCCAUUUGAAGCCAAGGUAGAUGAAGAAGAUUGCAUAGAAGAAUUGUUUCUUGAGGAGUUCAAUGACACAUCAGAGAUGUCCAGGGAUUUUAUGGUGAAUAAAGAAUAUGAUUCUUAUAAUGAUGUGCUUCAGGAAUGUGUCAACAACAGAGAGAAGUCACAGGUGGACUACGAUACUUUAACAGACUGGGUGACCAUGUCAGCUCGAGCUGCCUUCUUAUAUACUGCUUUUAUGAAACCCACAGCCACUCUGUUCAAUGCCAUCAAUAGGGUCACUUCUCAGAAUAUGAUUCAAGAAUCAUUACUGUCCACGAAUCCUGGGGGUACAGUUACACUCACCUGUGGCUCCAGUACUGGGACUGUCACCACUAGUAAUUAUGCUGUUUGGGUUCAACAGAAGCCCUACCAGAAGCCCAGGGGUCUAAUAGGUGAAACCAGUCAUAGGAAUCCAGAUGUUCCUGCCCGGUUCUCUGGCUCCCUGCUUGGAAACAAGGCAAUCCUCACCAUCACUGGAGCCAAGGAAGAAGACAAGGCUGAGUAUUUUUGUGCUCUGUGGUUCAGGUCCAAUUCUCAGGCUGUGGUGACUCAGGAGCCUUCACUGACCAUGAACCCGGGAGGGACAGUCAUUCUCACAUAUGGUUCUAGCACUGGAGUAGUCACUGAUGGUCACUAUCCAUAUUGGUUCCAGCAGAAGUCUGGUCAAGCUCCCAGAACAAUGAUUUAUGACACAAACAAAAAACACCCCUGGACCCCAGCCCGGUUCUCAGGCUCCAUCCUUGGGAACAAAGCUGCCCUCACAAUCCCGGGAGCCCAAUCAGAGGAUGAAGCUGAAUACUACUGUUCACUGUUAUACAGUAGUGCUUGA